AUGCAGCCGCGAGCGAUCACAAUCCUCGAGACAGUCCCUGACGAAGUCUUGCGCGAGAUGUUCCUAAACGUCGCAGCAGGAUAUCCAGGAUACGAUGAACACAGCUUCCCGGUAUUUGGCCCACAUCCUCUGCUGCCGGUGGUGCAGGUCAACAGACGGUUCAAUACGGUCGCCAAUCCCCUGCUCGUCCGCAACUGGCAACUGAGCCCGGCUGAAAAGAGCGGUGCCAAAUUCGUGCUGCAUCUUCUGAAGCACCCAGACCUGCGCUCCCAGGUUAGGUCCCUUGCUCUGUACGAAGCCUCAUCCUGGUCCCAGGCUCCGGACGGGCGCGCGCGGCGAGAAGACGACAACCGCACCCCGCGAGCACCACAUGACAGGUGGCCUCAGACCUUCUGCUCCACUGUGGAAAUGGAACAGCUCGCCCAGUCUGCUGAGGAGACAUAUCCCACGCUGUCAUCCCGGGUCCAUGAUGGCGAAGAAGAUUCCUGGGCCGGCCAGAUUAGACAGAGAUCCCCCUGUGCGAUAGCUGCGUUGGUCCUGGCCUGGGCAACGGGGCUUCAAGAGCUUGACCUGAUGGUGGACGCAUGGACUGAGGGAGACCCAGGCUUGUGGAUGAUGCGGCUUGUGAGAAUAGCAGUGGGCGUGCAAUCGCCGCUCGGGGUUGAUGGUCGUGGCCUGCCGCGAGCACCUGACGUGUUCACGAAGCUGCGUUGUGUCUCGCUGGGCCACUACGGUCCCAAUGGACUUAUGCACGCUGCAGCAUUCUUCCGUCUCCCGAGCCUGCGGGUCUUCAAGGCCCUCGGCAUGGACAUCGCUGGGUUAACACUUGACGUAGCCGACCCCUUGGGCUCGAGAAAUGCACUGCAGCCGCCGGCAGACCACUUGUUUCCAAACGGAACAUCAAGCGUCGAAGAACUCCAUUUGCUAAACGGGUCCCUCGUAACCGACAAUGGAUUCCGCGUCCUGACGCGAUCAUGCAGACGCCUUCGGGUGUUGAUCCUUCAAUCGGAAUGGAAUGAUACCCGCGAUAUCCUCUACAGCGAGAGCAUCGCCGCCGCAAUCAGGCUACACUCCGCCUCUCUGGAGAAGAUCUUGAUCGAAGGUUCUGAUGACUAUGAUGAUUACUUGAGUGACUCUGAUCCGGGAAGCUUGGGAGACUGCCUCUUACCGUGCGUUAAGCUGGAGUCCCUUGUGAUCAAUCUUGUGGUGCUGUACGGACGCGAGCAUUACGACAACAAUCCGUCCCCUACGCCCUUGUCAGAACUGCUGCCCCCGGGCCUCACCGACUUGGGACUCUCUUUUAGAAUAAGGAAAUUUCCGCCCUCAGGGGCGGGUCAGGCAACUAAGGACAACAUAGUGGGAUUGCUGCGCCAAUGCGGCCCCAAAGGUCGAUUCUCCAGGCUCAAGAAGAUUGACCUUGUCGGCGAUAGUGCCGAGUUCAUGGAGGAUCAGGAGAUCAUAGCCCUGGCUAAGAAGGCGGAGAUGGAGUUGACACAGCACGACGGGUCAGGUGGCAUGGUGUAA